AUGAAUCCUCCGGUAGUUGGAAUAAAUACAGAAAGAUUUACAGCGCUCUGGGAAACAUUCCAAACAGAGGCAAACAAGCUUGCUAGCGGCAUGGAGUGCAGUGGCAUGGAAAUAUACACCUCGAUCUACCAAAUAGUAAGCGGCGGCGAUGUCUCCUACGCAGUGCGCCUUCACUGGUGCAUUGGAAAGUUCUUUUUUGCGCUGGCUGUCAAGCUGCGAGAGAAAAUACACGGUGAAGACUGGAUAGAAGACUAUGCAGAGGCGUUUUGCCAGUACGAAACGACAGUGGAAACAAUCGACUUGCUGGCUCUGCACCUCAACGAGGCAAUCCUUGAAAAUAAAGAGUGCAAAAACAUAAAAGACCUGGGAUAUGUGAUAUGGGAGCGGUGCAUUCUCCGGCAAAGGUACGAAAGAAAGCUUCCCUCUCUCUCAGAGUCUCUCCCAAAAAAGAGGGAGCAUGCAGAGGUGUGUCUGCGCUCUCUGAGCAAGAUAGCUACAAACUCGGAAGAUAGAUUCGAGUACUACAAAAACAACUACGAGACAGCUUUGCUCUCUAGCAUAAUAUCUGAGUUCAAACAGGACAUAGAGACACAGCAGGAAGAUCUGCCAGGGUAUUUGGCGCAGUGCAGCCUGUGCAUUUCCAGCUACAUGGAAACAUACGCUCCUCUGUUUCUUCCCAUAUCGCUUUCUGUUUUGGAGGAUUCGCUGGAAAAGGUUUUGUUCCCAAAGCAGCCAGAUGUACUGAAAGAGGAAGUGCAGAAAAUACUCUACAGAAAAGACAAAAACGAGAUACAAAUCCUGUGCAGCGCAAUUCGCGUGCUGAAAAAGAAAAUCUUUCCCAUGUUCCUCGUCUACUUGAGCGAGUUUUGUCUCAGCGUCUGGCCUGCGGAUAAAAGCUGUGCCGCUGCCUCUGCUGCAUACAGCGAGCUUGCAGACAUGCUGACCUCUGAGAGCUGUGACAAAACACUGGGCGUCCUGCAAAAGACUCUCUCUAUAAAAAUAACACGGCCGGGCAUAGGCAAAGAGCUUUCUGUCUAUCUUGAGGCUCUUAUACACAGAAAAGACUACGCAGAGAUAAAAAUGGCCAAAGUGCUCCUGGACUGCAUCAUGAUAAAAGAAGAAAAAGAAAUAUUCUACACGCUGUACAUUGCCAAGCUCUCAGAGCGCCUGUUUUCUCUGAGAUUUGACCCUUCUAUUGAAAAGUCAACAUCGGACUCCUUGAAUUUCCCGUGGGUGGUAAAGAAGAAAGUGCAGCGCAUAUUUAACGACAUGGUGCUGAGCACAAAAGAGAACGAGCUCUUCAAGCAGAAGUAUGGCUUUGGGCACUAUAGGUACAAAACAAGCUACGGAGACGACAUAUUUUUCUAUGGAAUCAUUGCAACGGCAUAUGUGUGGCCAAUAUCGGAAGAUGCCGUGCAGAACAUCAACCUCCCCGAAGAUAUCAAAGGCAUUACACAGGUCUUUUCUGAGCAGUAUCUUGCAAAGCAUCCCAGAAGAAAGAUUACCUGGGUGGACACGCUUUCUACCGUUGAGAUAGAAAUCGAGACUGAUCGGAUGUACUGCAUAGAAAUGCCGCUUACACACUAUGCAGUUCUAAAGAUGCUAGAACAAGAGCCGGGAACCCUUGAUAAAAUAACUCUAGCCGUUAGGCUCAGCACUAAAUCAGCCACAAAUAUCAUAGAAUCCCUGCAGAAGGCUGCCAUUAUCCUGUGCGUUGAUGAUGUGUACUUUCUCAACGACAACUUCGCAAAUGCUGAGCAGAAAAUAAAACUAAAGGCAAGCGAGGGCGCAGCCAAGCGCAUCGGAAACAGAAAGUCUUACUACCAAGCAUGGGUGUCUAGAAAGCUAAAACAGGAAGGAGAGUGCGCCCUUAAUGAUCUAUCUGAAAAUAUACAAAAGACGCACACAGAGAUAUUUGAAUGGAAUGUGCAGGAGUACACAGAAGCCUUGAAAAACCUAAAUGAGCGCGGGCUCAUUGAAAUAGUAGGCCCGCAAAUAAAAUACGUUCCAUAG